UAUUGAAAAUGAACGCUUAAAAUUAAUUAAUGAGCUUCGUGUUAGAUUUUUUGGGCAAGAAAACAAUAGUUUAUGCAAUUGGACAUUAUUUAGACCCCAGAUUCAAAGAUCAAUUUGUUUCUAAUAGAAUAGAAUUUACAGCAAAAAUCGAAACAUGGAUUAAAUCUGAAGUUAAUUUAGAUGAAUCAAGUGAUCCAGCAAUACAAAUUGAAGCUGUUGAACAAGGUGAGAAAUUAAAAUACAAAUAA